GGCGCGCUCUUUGCCAGAGAUGAGGGAUUAAAACCCGUUAUCCUUCAGCACCUCUGGCUAUUCAUUCAUUCAUUCUAAAAAACACACAAAAUUGUUGUACAAUUAUUCAUUUUGCAGGAAAAAAAAUGCAAAGCAAUCACCUUUUACAGGCAGUUUUAUACCUUUUCAUGCUGUUUCAUGCUUGUUUCAGUGCUGACAAUUCUGAGAAAAGCAGCACUUUCUGUUCUUGGACUAGAUCCACUUCAGGUGGGCAAACACAGUAUGCAUUUCUCCGAAGGACUCAGACGUCUCUUCUCUUGUAUGACAGCAUCUGGAACAAAAACAACAGCCUUUUUACCUGCAUAACAAGUGAUGAGCAAUCUGUGAUUGACAGUUACCUGUCCAGGUGCUGGGAAGACAGUUCUUUCUCAAAGAUGCUUGAUGCACGCUUUGACAUCAGUGAACUGAUUGAUCCUCAUGGCCCCUGUGAGGCUGCAGGCAUUACGGAGGAAUUUACAGCAUCUGUACGGAGGGCCAGAGACCUGAGGAGUGUUGGACCUGAUGGAUUCGUGCACCAGGACAGUGGAGAAAGUUCCAUGCAGACACUGCACCGCUCAAAGCGAGCAUGGAUGAUUCCAGGAACUCUGUGGUGUGGCUCAGGAAAUAAGGCUAUGGCCUUUGCUGACCUGGUGCUCUUGGACAUGGCGCUACCUCCAGAGUUCUCGGCUCCUAUCCUGACCUCAGAAUCUGCUCCAGAAAGUUCUCCUUCGUCUCCGCUGGUCCCAUCCAGUUCUCCAUCGUCCCCUGAGUCUCCUUCAUUUCCUGAUUCCCCCGAGUUAGCCAGCCCUGCACCUCCAGAGCGCCCUCCAUUACAGAACCUUGUUGGUUUUCUCAUUGGCAGGUGUGCAAUUUAUGAACUUGCUCAAUAUGCUGUGGUAAAAGAUGCAGCAAACUACACUGACACACUCCCAGACCAAGUCAUGGAGAUGCUGGAAACGAGUUUUCACCAAACAAUCACUCUGGGACAAAACCAGGUCACCAAAAACACAGAUGAAUCCCUUACUAUACAAGCUUCCAAGAGCGGCAGUGAAGAACCGAGUCCAGUUUCAACAUCACCAGGGCCAUCUGUUACAACACUGCUGUCCCGGAAAUCUGAAGCUUCCGUACUUCCAACAGAAGCACCAAAUAUAACAACAGACAGACCACAAAAAGGCAAGUUUGAGAUGUGUGAGCUCUACAGACACCUGGAUUCAUGCCAUCUACAGAUCCCUGCUUUACAGCAGAAGUUCGGUCUACGAAACUCUGGCAUGAGAACCCUUUACCACUGUAACUGUACUGCCAGACUUGUCCAAAAGAUCUUGUCCAAAGAACUGGAUGAAACUGACCCUGUACAUUCGCUGUUGAUGGAUUUCGUAUCACAAUCCUGCUUCACCCUAUCACAGUCUGAGAACUGCAUCAAUGGAAAAAGUUGCUCAUCUCAUCCACCAGAAACACAGCUCAUCCAAAAUUGGGGGAAAGACAUGACAGGAGGACGACAUCUAGUGGACUUCAAACGCAAACUCAAGAGGAUGAACCCUAAACGCUCCAAGAGGAAAGACUCGCAAGUCAUAUUAUAUAAGAAAUGCAUCAGGAUGCACACUAAACUGCAAAAACCUAGAGUUCCUAAACGGAAACGGUCAUAAAGCCCGUUUCAACUUACCAAAGUGGCAAAAAACGUACAAUGGGAAACAAUAGCAAUAUAAAUGCUCUUAUGAAACCGCUUAUGUACAUUAGGAGUCAAUGGGAGAAACGCUUCCUUUAACUCUCAACCUGCCACAAAUGUACUUUUUGGUAUUGGAAGUUUGUGCUGAAAUAGCAUUGUGAACAUUUAUACUGAGAAGGGUUGUAAUAUUAAAUUUAGCAUAAGAUAAUAGGUCAGAGUGUAACAGUUAGCCUACCUUAUUAUGGGGUAAUAUGGUACAAAUUGUUUUAGCUGCAAGAAAUAAUACGCAUUUAAAGGCAACUUCUAAGUGGCAUAUAUAUUGUAAUUGUCUGAAACAGUUUUUCUGCCACAUACUUCAAUGAAAUAAUGCAUCGUAAACGUUUAAGUCUUAACAAUUUUUACAAUUGCCCCCACCCUCACAGCCACGAUAAGACUGACGAGCAAGCGAUAGACUCUUUCAUUCAUGUUCUUUACCCCGCAGUCAAGAGAUAACCUAGAUAUAAGUUUAAAUUCAAAGGCAUGUUAACUUUAUACAGCAGUAUUGGACAUCUCAAAAUCAUUUUCAUACCCCAAAAUCUGUUUUCCGUUAUAUUUUUUCUCCUGAGGUGCAUUUCCCCGCUUCUUCUCCUCCUCAGGUAAAACAGGAUGUAAUUGCGCAUGCGCUGAAAAUGUCACGAUAUGUUGUUACUAUUUGUUUUGGUCUCUACUAGCCUACCAAAUAUUGCACUAGCCUAUAUCUGAAUUGGUGUAACAAGCGAGCGUUGUAAAUGUAUGUACAAUUGUA